GGGCCUGUUGCACAAAAGUAGAAUUAAGACAUCCGGGAUAAAUGACUCAGCUGAGCUCAAUGAAGCCAAAACAUGUGCGUCCAGGCUUAAUUGGUUGCACAAAGACCAAGCCAGGAUGAGCAGACACGGAUUCAUUAAGCCAGGUGAAACCAAUCCUGGAUAGGUGCGCGCUCACGGCUCACUCAAAUAGACCCCGCCACAGAUCACAGAUUAACUGAUUUACCAUGGCAACUAGAGCCGCGUACUUUUCCCCGUCGGAAGCACAAAUCCUCAUGGAGGCAUACGAGGAGGUAAAAGAUAUAAUUAAGAAGAAAGGCAACACCGCCACAGUGAUAAAGCAAAGAGAAAAAGCGUGGCAAAGUAUUGCAGACCGCCUGAAUGCAUUAAACAUGAACGGGCCAAAACGGACAUGGCAGCAGGUCAAAAUCAAAUACAAGAACAUUCUGCAGAAUGCAGUGAAAAAGAAUACCCACAGACAAGGCACGGGUGGUGGGUCACCAAAGGCUGACCUUACCCCAGCAGAGGACAUGGCCUUGGAGCUAAAUAAAGGCAGGCCCGUCUUAGAGGGGAUCCCUGGGGGGAAAGAGACGAGCAUAGGUUCCUCCCAAGAUGCCACCCGCUUCAUUCAAGUGCCUGGCAGCACUGUGUUCCUGUUAGAGCCACCAGCACAAGCACCAGACGAUGCUGAUCCAGGUGAAGGCCCCAGUGCAGCAGCAACAGCACAUGAUGGAGACGAUGAUGAGGAGGAGACCAUCUCUCUGGAUUCCAGAAGGCAUGAGGACCCAGAUGCUAUACAGUGGGAAAACCAGCCUGGCAACAUAAGCUCACAAGCUAUCAGAAAGUUGUAUGGCAACCACCUCCGGCGCCAAAUAGAACUGGCAGACAUAGACAUUCAGUACAAGAAGAAAAAGAUGGAAAAUCUUGCACUGGAGUCCGAAAUAAAAAAGAGGACAAUUAGGAAACUGGACCUGAAAUAAAAAAACUUGAGAGGGAGCUCCAAGAAGAUGACACAGCUCAAAAUAAAAAUUAGGUAUAUUCUCGUAAAGUCAAGUGAGCCAUGACAUAUGAGCUCUUAUUGUGAGCACACAGGACGGUGGCAUCUUUCUAAGGUUUUUUUAUUUUCCCAGCAAUCAGUACAACCAAGUCAUCGUUAUAAGGCAUCGCCCUCUUUUGCCCACCCCCCAGCACCAGGUGUGGCCACUAGCCUAUAUGAAGGCCCAAAAUUGUGUGUUCCUUUCUGCUCUGACAAUGGCAUGCCCAUUCGUGCGAGAUGUGGUGGAUGAAGAAGCACUUGUGCUGAGGAGAGCCUUCAGGCGAGAAAGGGUCUUCAGGGACCGGUUGGACCCACUGGCCUUCCCUGAUGACCAUCUAUAUGAAAGAUACAGGUUUUCUGCAGAUGGCAUCAGGUAUCUAUGCAGACUACUGGGUCCCAGGAUUAAGCACCGCACUGCACGGAGCCAUGCACUGAGUGUGGAGCAAAUGGUUUGUGUAGCCUUGCGCUUUUUGCUAGUGGAGCCUUCCUGUACUCAGUGGGGGAUGCUGAACAAGGCCCAAUUUGCCGCACAAUAAGGAGUGUGUGUCUGGCUAUCAAAGCAUUAGCAGAUGUCUUCAUCUCCUUCCCUGGCCACAGAAGACUCUGUGACAUCAAAGAGGAGUUCUAUAGGAUUGCAGAUGGUCUGCAAUGCUGACUGUGUGAUCAGCAAUGUUGUGGCAAAAUGGCCUGGCUCAGUCCAUGACUCCAGAAUCUUUCGGGCCUCUGAAAUCUAUCAGUGCCUAUC